AUGGGGAAAUUUAAUCGUAUCCUGGAGCCUGGGCUGGCUAUUCUUGUGCCUUUCCUUGACAGAAUUGCAUAUGUGAAGAGUUUGAAGGAAGCUGCCAUUGAGAUUCCGAGCCAGAAUGCCAUUACAGCAGACAAUGUUACUUUGGAGUUGGACGGCGUGCUCUACACUCGGGUCUUUGAUGCUUAUAAAGCUAGUUAUGGCGUGGAAGAUGCCGAAUACGCGAUAUCCCAACUGGCGCAGACGACAAUGAGAUCCGAGAUCGGUCAACUGACUCUCGACCACGUUCUCAAGGAGCGUGCGGUUCUAAACACGAAUAUCACACAAGCCAUCAACGAGGCUGCACAGGAUUGGGGUGUGACUUGUCUUCGUUACGAGAUCAGAGAUAUUCAUGCUCCCGAGGGAGUCGUCGAAGCCAUGCACCGUCAAGUAACAGCCGAAAGAUCGAAACGUGCCGAAAUUCUAGACUCCGAGGGUCAACGUCAGAGCGCAAUCAACAUAGCUGAAGGUCGUAAACAGUCGGUUAUCCUUGCAUCAGAGGCUAUGAAGUCAGAACAGAUCAACAAAGCCAUGGGUGAGGCUGAGGCUAUCCGCCUAAGAGCCGAGGCUACUGCUCGUGGAAUUGAUGCCGUUGCAACAGCCAUCCGGGAGGGACAGGAAGCGGCUAGUGGCGCAAUCAGCCUUUCUGUAGCUGAGAAAUACGUCGACGCAUUCUCCAAGCUUGCAAAGGAGGGCACCGCUGUUGUUGUGCCUGGUAAUGUUGGUGAUAUGGGUGGUAUGAUUGCCAGUGCCAUGGCAGUCUACGGCAAGGUCUCAGAAGGACAGGCUAAGACGAUUGCUGCAAAGGCCAUCCAAUCUGGUGAGCCGAUCACUGAGCAGAAAACUACAUCCGAUGCGCACACUGCUACAAGCAAAACUACCCACUUCGAAGAUAGUGAGCAUUCCUCAACCGAUAAUACCGGGACGCCCCGAAAUGAAGUAGCGGAAAGCGUUCUCGGCGGAUUUGAACAGGCCAGCCACCGAGACCGGUAG